GGCUAUUAUAACGCAUGUACAACAUAAUUUACUGUUAAGUGAGAUAAACUCGGCGGUAGGAUCCAAGGAUCCAAGUGACGAUUGGUGACGAUUUGUUGUUACCAGUUACCAGUUACCACAUUCGCCUAAAAGUCUAAGUACGAACAUUAUAGUUAACUGCUACGUUACAUCGAACGCAACAUAUUCAUUUUGGAAAAUGGCACAAGAGGUAGAGGAAACUAUGAAACGUAUUCAGUCACAUAAGGGAGUCGUCGGUACAAUUGUUGUUAAUGCCGAAGGCAUUCCAAUCAAGUCUACACUGGAUAAUACUACAACAGUUCAAUAUGCAGGUUUAAUAAGUCAACUGUCUGAUAAAGCACGAUCUGUAGUUAGAGAUCUGGAUCCAACAAAUGAUUUGACAUUCUUACGUAUUCGCAGUAAGAAGCAUGAAAUUAUGGUUGCACCAGAUAAAGAAUUUAUACUUAUAGUUAUACAAAAUCCAGUGGACUGAUAUCCAAGAAAAAAAUUAACAAAUAUGAGAAUAUAUACUUUAUUGUUUGGUGAUAAAUUAAUUUAUACGGCACAUUCCAACUUCAAUUGUUUGAUAUAAUUGAUCUCUGUUUCUCAAAUGGCCUUAGAGAAUGUGUUUUACACAUGCUACCAAGAAAUAAAAAUUAUGCACUCUGUCUUGAAUGAAUC